AUGGCAGAUUCCGUUUGUGACGAUGUUAAGGACCAAACUGUCGCUUACAACAGCACAACAGGAAGUGAACCUGUAGACCCUACAGAUACAAGCUACGUCGUAGAGAUUCGCUCUCAAAGAAAUCAAAGUGCUACAUGCAGGAAUUGCGUAAAAAUAUUAAAGAAAACGCAAAGGCAAACUCUCUACUCCAGGAUUCGGGAGUAUUUAGUAGCAGAACGAAAUAUUGACGUGAAGUUGAAGCGUUUCAAAGUAAAAUCCAAUAGCGCGAUCAGUCCGUUUGCCUUUCUGCGCAAACUCUUCGCGGCUUUGUUCCAGCAUGAAACGGAAGCGAAAUUCACAAGCGACGAACUGGAAAAACUCACAGAAUAUCAGUUGGGUGCGCUAAAAGAAUCCUUGAGGAACUUAAUAUCUGAGAAAACGAAAGAGCUACAACAGGAAAAGUUGAAACGCAUCAAAGGGAGACAGGCCUUACUUGGGUCUAAACAGAAGGCGAAGGAUUUAGAGACAGAGGCUUGGGUCACAUUACGGCCAUUCUUAAAUAAACACCCUUCCUUACAUGAUCUUACGAGAGUUCUAAUGUUUUAGGAGUGUUGUAAACUGACUCGGUUUGGAGAAUAAGACAUUUCGUAAUUGAAAAGAAUAAGAAGGGAGUGAUGGAUAAAGUUGUGUGUGAAGAACGUAUGGGAAAGUCUAUACAGAUUUUAAUAAACUUUGUUCGCUGUAAUCAAAGGAAUUCGGAUCUGCAUUCC